CCGCCGCCGCCGGCCCCGCGGGGGGGCGGAGCCGCCGGCCGCCGGGCGAAGAUGGCCGAGGCCGCCGUCCUCAUAAGCGACUCGGACGGCGAAGGGCCCCGCGCGCCGCCGCCCCCCGCGCGCACCCGCACCCGCACGCGGCCCCGGCGGCGCGCGCUGCCGCACCCCGCGGAAAUCGUUGACCUGACCUGCGAGGACAUGAGCACAGACCGGGCACCGUGGAGCAGCCUCAUGGUCAUCGACCUGACAGAGGACACAUGCAGCCCUCUCCCUGUCACCAGCUGGGCUGACCAGGACCCCACGCAGGUGCCUGCUGCCCCAGCAGCACACCUGGCCCACCCCCAGCUCUGCUCCACCACCAUGCAAGACACAGAGGCCACGGUGGGGCCGAGCCCUGCGCCCCCCUGGCACAGCUCUCCCACGGGGCCCACUGCCCCCACGGACACAGCAGAAUGUGGGGAGAGCUGGAGCUGCUUCUCUCCCGCCUCCAGCCACCACAGCUCCUCCUGCAGCACAACCACAUUUAACAGUGACUUGGGCUCUCUGGCCAGCACGCAGCUGGACUCGGACCUGCAGUCCCUGUCCCCUUCCAGCCUGGACAGCAGCAGCAGCUGGAGAGCAGGUGGCCCAGAAGAAGAGACUUCCCUCCUCUUCCAGCAAAAGGAGCUCCUGCAGAGGCUGAGCCCUGCCCCAGCCGUCCCCACAACCCCAGGGAACACUCAAGGGCCUUUGCUGAAAGCAAGUGCCAUACUGCCACACAAAGUGACCCCUCAAAUGGCCCCAGGCAGGCCCAGGAGCAAGGCCUGCCUGAACAAACUGCAGUAUUUCAGGAGGAGCGGAGCCCAGCACCUCUUCCUCCAAGGUGUAACAUCCAACAGAGAAACAGUGCAGCAGAAACCUGAGCUCAUCCCCAGAGGGAAGCUGAGCAUGGUGCACACCACCAUGGAGGAGAACUUCCUGGAGGGCACCUUGGAUUUCCUGAGUGACUUCAUCUCCCACCAGCACUGUCCUCCUAAAGAAAUCAUCUCCCACUUGAUCAGACAGAUCCUGUUGAACACGUACCAAGGGGAGAUCCUGAAAGACACCUACAUGCUGCUGCUGAGGAUUCAGAUGCUCCAUCCAGCCAACACCAGCACCAUGGGAUGGGACUGGAUGCUGCUGAAAUCCAUCAUGGAGGACGAGGAGAAGCCCCCUGGAUGGCUCCUCUUCCUGCAGUACGUGGUGCAGACCCUGGAGGAUGACUUCCAGCGGAACCUGAGGUUGCGCUUGCUCCAGAAGUCAAUUGCCAAGAAAGUGCUUUCAUGUGACCUGUGCUUCAACAACGUCAAGGAAGUGGUCGAAUGGUUGGUCGCAGCAGUUACAGGAGUCAGAUUCACCCAGCCUCAGGAAACGACAUCCUCAUCAGAAGCAAGGGCUGACCACAGCUCAUCUGCAGCACACCUGGCCUGCACUGACCAGGCAGAGGUGGCUCCACCAGCUUUCUUCGCUCAGAAGGUGAUGCUGCAGCUCCAGAGGAUGUUGUCCAUCGCGGUGGAAGUGGACAAAUCUCCCACCUGCAGCUCCUGUAAGAUCGCAGAUGUGAUCUUCCCGUUUAUACUGAACAUUCCCCUGAGGAGCCAAAGAGAAGCAUUCAUAAACACCAUAGAGAGCCAGCUCCUGCGCUGCAAACUGCUAGAGCUGCUGUUCCAGCACAGUUGUGACGUGCCCACAAGCUUGCCCUUGUCUCUGGCCAAGAUCCUGUACUUCCUGAGCCACUCCUCUAUGCUGCUGCAAUACCAGGAUGAAACAGCAAUGUGGCAAAGAUGGGAUGAGAUGCUGCAGUACUUGACUUUGCUGCUGCUGAGCUACCAAAAUGUCAUACUGGAGCACUUGCGGAGCUCACUCAACGAACGGAUGGAUUUGAUCAUCCAGAAAGCCAAGCCCAAGCUCCAGGAUGAAGAUUACAUCAGCCACCUGGACAUUCGUCUGAAGAUAGAGGACUUCCUCAGCCGAAUGCAGCAGGUCCUGGAGCAGCCUUUUCCCCUGCAGAUCAUGGAGAAACUCCGCAUGCUUCAGGAUUUGCUCCUCAUUGUCACUGCUACCUGAUGGGCACAAAGAACUUCAUGUUUCCUCUACACAACUCCAUCUCGUCACGUCUUUGUUUACACAUCUCUUUGUAAAAGUGUCUGGUUUACUUGGUCUCAGCAUUUCCUUUCAGCCUUGCCUCAUCUUACAAUUUUACAAGUUGUAGAGUUUUUAAAAAAACUAUUUCUGUAGUUGCAGAGUCUCCUUCACGUUGGUGCCAGCCCUGCCCCUAGGAAAGGCAGAGCUCUGCUACCUGGGCCUUGGGAUGGCAGCAGACUAAUGCAGCCACAGACCCUGGCAAUGGUUUGCACAACAAGCCAAAUGCUAAAAUGCCUGUCACAUGUUUAGGAAAAGCUGAUGAUAUUUAAGAAUAAAAAAGCAGAUGUGGGCUGCAGUGAGAGCACUGACAGUGCAGAGAUCCCCACACUG